AUGGUUCAGUGUGCGACCUGUUCCUUCCGCUGCCACCUCUACUGCUUCUCUCCACCACGCAAGCAACACCCGGCGUUCCUGAUCCGCCGACAGCAGCAAACGAGUGGAAGUGAUCCAGACAGCUCUCCGCCUAUUUGGAAAUGUGAAAAGUGCGCAGGCACCGCGGUUGUCUUCAAUGUAUCACCAUACACAGGAGAACAUAAUGACGCUGGAUCCGGUUGGAUCCCAUCAGUACAACCUCAGUGGCAAGAACACUCGGCCGUUGUGUUUGAUUGCAAGACAAACUCUUGUCACAAUGGUGUUGACGAGCUGGUCUACUAUUCGAAAUCCUAUGCGCUGAUGAAGAAAACUGCAGCGACCUGGCGCAAGUACGUGCUAAAGCGACAGCGUUUUCGGCGCCAAGAGGAUGUGGAGUCGAAAGCCAUGCUGUAUCCAAGUGGGAAAUACAAGGUGAUGCACGUGCCGAACCCCACUGACAAGGACACAGUAAUAGUGGAGUCUGAGGACAAUUGGGAUGGAGUCGAGGAUGACGACGUUGACCUCGUUGAUGCUAUCCAGUACAAAACUUACUCUAGGAGGCCUCCACAGCUACCAUUACUCUGGGAAGGUGAAGCACCAAGCGCUCUCAUGUGUUGGACUACUGGUGAACGGAUGGAAGUUUCUGAUGUUCUCGAUGAAUUGAAAGAGGGCGUAUGCAUGAUGAACGAAGACACCAGUGCUCCUUCCCCUCGACAGGAAAUUAUCAUGAAUCGAAUAUUUGCUCGCCAUCGGCUCUGGCGUCGACGAGUUGACCGGACCAAUCGACAACGACGUGCACUCGAAGAGGCCACACGUAGAGCGAAGGCGCAGUCGACUGUUGGUCUGUUACGGACUUGUAUUCAAUUUAUUGUGCUACUGAUGAAAAUGCUGGGACAGUCUCGCACGAAGAAAGCGAUGCUUUUGGUUCUCCGUGACGCAGCAGAAGAGACCCGGCUGAACAACAGCAUUCCAUUGACCACCGAGAAUUCCAGCGAUAUUGACGACAGUUUGAAGCGAGAACGUGAGCAGCAACUGGCGGAGGUGCGAAUCCGCCGCUUUUUCGUACGGCGAGUCCACCCUUACGUGAAGCUCAAGAAAACCGUGAUGGCUGUCCGCUUACAACGAUUUUGGAGGCAUUUAUUAUACCUUCGUAAAUGGCGAGAGGCUGUAGUCGCUGUUUGUUUGUUGCAACGUGCUCUGCAACUAGAGGCAAGCACCAGAAUCCAGCAGUUCUACCGCCGAUUACGGACUCGGAAACGAUUUACUGAAUUGAUCGAGAAGCACGCGUUUAAAAAGCUGCGGCGAACACUAACCGGCUGGCUGCUGCAACGUUUAGCCAAGAAAGAAGCCCAACGCCGCGCCGCUUAUGAAGCAGCACAAGAAGCAAGAGCUGCAGAGGAAGUAUUACUAGAAAGCGCGCGUCUUGAUGAAAUUCUUGAGCAACAAGGCAUGGAGCUGUACCAGGGAGGCGAUUUCUGGAAUUCGGCGUCAAUAUUAGAACGGCUUUGUGAACUGAGGAACGGAAAUUUGACCCAGGACGUACAACAAGCGCUCGCGUAUUCGCAUCACAUGACGUGGUACCUGUCGUAUGAUCAGUUCAACCUGUCUCGGGCCUACGACUUGUAUUGCGCAGCUUUGGAACACCCCACAACCGGUGAACGCGUUGAUCCUCUCAUCCUCCAAGACCUCGCGAUUGUGGCGAUGCACAAAGGCUACUUCAGCGAUUCCUUGCGGUUAUUUGCGAAGCUGAUCGAAUACUUUGCGCGACAUCCUCAGCUUCCAUUGUGGCUCCUAUUAGCUGCAGUACAAUUGCAACAACAAGGUGAAUGGGAGCAAAGCGUCGAGUAUCUGACGUAUCUGCACGACAUUCCGCCACCUCCGUAUUUGGAGCGUGAUAUGCUGGGGUUAUGCGCGAUGGGAUACGAGCAGCUAGCUAUUACAGCAGCGAAGACACCCGAAAUACGAAAUACAAACGCCUCAUUAGCCAAGGAGGCCUGGCGAGCUGCUUUGCGGCAAUGGAAUCUUGAGAAAAUCUCUACAGAGCGACCUGGAAGUGCUUCUUUGGCUCGUGGUCGAGCAGGUGGACAAACCUUAACUUUGCGACAGAAGUUUGAGCUGCUCACAGAUCUGGGACAGCGAGCGCUGGAACAAGGCCACUACUUAAUUGCCUGUCGGGUAUACAUUUAUGCCUUAGAACGCGAGAGCGGUGGAGAUUUGGAGAGGAAGACAGCAGCGUGGUGGAAUCUUGCGGAUGCCUUUCGGCAUCUCGGCCAUAUUGACUUGUACCUAAACGCUGCACAGCGCAGCCAGAGUAAUAACUCAGCAGUCGACGAGGAGCUUCAGAAAAGCUGGCAAGAAGCCGCGGAUCAGCAGGCAUCCAGCUUCCAGACUGAGCUGAAAACGUUGUCAGUUCUUGAAAAGCUACGACAACUCGGUGGUAGUAUAACAUGA